AGGGCACAUGAUUCAAUCCCAAAUUCAUUCGCACAAAUUUCCAAGAUAGAGAUCGUCGGCUUCCUCCGGCAUCGUAUUCCGGCGUCUACUCCCUCCACGAUUUUUCCCUCCGGAGGUCGAUAUCCCUCUCUGUUCACAUUAUCUUAAGGGAUAGGGUGUUAAAAAGAUGUCCAGUUCAGGUAGGCCGGCGGCGGCGGCCGUUGCUGGUGGAGACUUACAGAUUGUAUCGGCGUCUUCGGAUAGAACAGCUUUGGCCGCCCUUCCUCCUCUCCAUCCGACUGGUUCUUCAUCAGCUCUUGUUGAAUACACGCCUCCUGCACCCAAUCAGGAAGAGGAGGAUCUCGAAGUUAAGCUUCGUCGCAUAAUUGAUUGCGUCCCUGUUCGCGUUAACAAUACCUCUGGUAGUUCCGCCGGUUCCGGCUCCGGAGACUUCCAUCAGUAUCGACAGAUGAGACGGAAAGAGCAAGACCGACUUGCAAGAAUGGACGUGGACUUCCAGAAAAGGAAAGAAGUGGCGGAGUUUAACAAGAGGAGAGAGGAAAGAUUAAAAGCAACAGAAGAACGGACUGCAAAGAAGCGUUUGAAACGCCAAAAGAAGAAACAAAAGAAACAAGAAAAGAAGAUGAAGUUGGAAGCAGGCGAUCACGAAGAACAUCACAAGGAAGAUAAAUCUUCAGAUGAAGAUCAACAAGAUUCCGGCAACGAAGAAUGAACAGAAACAUACAUGUAGUUGAAUGAUGCAAGAUGUUAAAUCUCAAAUCAACAGGAAAAUGCAUGGAGUUGAAGGAUGCAAGAUGUUAAAUCUCAAGUAGAAUUAAUUGGAUACCAAAUGUUAAACUACUUGAAGAAAUUGGAGGCCUGCUCUUAAAUUAUGCUUUUGAAGCCUUCAUUUUGAAUUCAAUAUAAUGUGAUUGGCCCAACGUAACAAAAACUUGUGGUUCCAC